UUUAGCAGGCAACGAUCCCUUGUGCAUACAAGAAGUAGCUAAGCUAGCGAAGUAACUAUACAGCAAAUCGUUUUUUGGAAUGCAUGGUAAAUCGUACGUUUUGCUGAAGAUGGUGGAUGUGGCUGUUUGGUAAUGCGAUGAAGGGAUUUCACUUUCCGAGAUUUGUGCUGCAGAGAUCAUCCACGGACCAGACGACCUGCUGCUGCUGACAAGCCUGGAGAGUAGUUGGGGAGACGCCGGUUAGAGUGAACAGGCACUUCCCUGGAGUCUAAAGCCCUCGUUUCUUUGCGGAGGGAAUCAUGCAGUUUGCAAUCUGGUUAGUUGGGCUCCUGUGUCAUCUCUCAGCACUCGUCUGGAUUUCCAUGGAAUUUAGAUUUCAUCCCAAACAAGAAAACUUCAUCAAACAGCUGUCAUCUUAUGAAAUUAUCACGCCCAUCCGUGUGAAUGGUUUUGGAGAAACAUUUCCAACCACGCAGCACUUCAGGAGGAAGCGGAGAAGUUUAAAUUCAGACCUUUGGGGGUCAAGAACUCAUUACAAAAUUGAUGCCUUUGGGGAGCAUUUCCACCUCAACCUCAGCGCUGACUCUGGAUUUAUCGCACCGUCCUACAUGGUUUCACAUCUAGGGGCAGAACACAGCAACAGGUCGGAUUUACAGGAAGAUAGCUCUGAGAUAAGACAUUGCUUUUUUAAUGGGCAUGUCAAUGCUAAAAGCGAAUACACUGCUGUUUUCAGCAUCUGCACUGGCCUUGUUGGCACAUUUAGAACCCACAAUGGUGAAUAUUUUUUAGAACCACUCUUAAAAUCGAAUGGAGAAGAUUAUGACGACGAACACAACAAACCUCAUCUCAUGUACAGACAAGAAAUAAAGAAAGAAAAAACACUGGAGGAAAACGUUAAACCAUGUGCAGCUUCAGAAACAAACAUCAGGAAACAAAUUAAGUUUCAGAACAAAAACAGCAUUGAAGAGCAUCUGCAUUCUAUACAUGAAGCCAUGAAUUCAGAACAGUCUUCAAGCCAUGAAUCCAACAUGAAUAAUGGAUCCCAUUCCCAUUCACGGCACAAGAGAUUUUUGUCAUAUCCAAGGUUUGUGGAAGUGAUGGUAACUGCAGACGUCAAAAUGGUAAACCAUCAUGGGCGAAACUUGGAACACUACAUCCUAACACUUAUGUCAGUAGUGGCUGCAAUUUACAGAGAUCCAAGCGUUGGAAAUCUUGUAAAUAUUAUGGUUGUGAAAUUAAUUGUUGUUCACCAUGAACAGGAAGGACCUUCUGUCAGUUUCAAUGCAGCAACUACCCUCCACAAUUUUUGUGUGUGGCAGCAAACACAAAAUGUUGUAGAUGACACUCAUCCUUCACACCAUGACACAGCUGUUCUCCUUACCAGGGAAGACAUCUGCAGAGCACGGAACAAGUGUGAUACCUUAGGCUUAGCUGAACUCGGUACGAUGUGUGACCCCAUCCGUAGCUGUUCCAUUAGUGAAGAGAAUGGUCUUAGUGCUGCAUUUACCAUUGCACAUGAGCUGGGGCAUGUGUUUAACAUACCUCAUGACGAUAGUUUUAAAUGCAGAGAAGCUGGGGUGAAACAUCAAUACCACGUCAUGGCCCCAACACUCAACUACAACACAAGCCCAUGGUCAUGGUCCAAGUGUAGUCGCAAGUACAUCACUGAAUUUCUUGACACUGGAUAUGGAGAGUGUCUCCUUGAUGAGCCGGUUAGUCGAACAUAUGAACUUCCUUCUCAACUUCCUGGUCAGCUGUACAACGCCAACAAACAGUGUGAACUCAUGUUCGGACCAGGAUCACAAGUUUGUCCAUACUUGAAGCAGUGCAAGAGGCUGUGGUGCACGAGUGCAGAAGGGGUUCACAAGGGCUGUCGCACGCAGCACAUGCCUCUGGCUGAUGGGACUGAUUGCGGCCAUGGGAUGCACUGCCGGCAUGGACUUUGUGUGAAUAAAGAAAUGGAGCUGCGCCCUGUGGAUGGGGAAUGGGGGCCCUGGGGACCAUACAGCGCCUGCUCCCGAUCAUGUGGAGGGGGGAUUAGAAGUGCAGCUAGAGACUGCAAUAAACCAGAGCCAAAAAAUGGAGGGAAAUACUGUGUUGGGCGUCGAAUGAAAUUCCGCUCCUGCAAUACUGAACCGUGUCCAAAAGGCCAGAAAGAUUUCCGAGAGGAGCAGUGCUCAGAAUUUGAUGGCAAACAUUUCAAUAUCAACGGUCUACCUCCUACUGUACACUGGUUACCAAAAUAUAGUGGCAUUCUAAUGAAGGAUCGAUGUAAGCUGUUCUGCAGAGUUGCAGGAACCACUGCUUACUAUCAACUUAAGGACCGUGUGGCUGAUGGAACCCAGUGUGGACCAGAGACGAAUGACAUCUGUGUACAAGGCUUGUGCAGGCAAGCUGGAUGUGAUCAUGUGCUGAAUUCUAAGGCAAGGAGAGAUAAGUGUGGAGUCUGUGGCGGCGAUAACUCCUCCUGUAAGACGCUGGCCGGUACUUUCAACAGUGCUCAAUAUGGUUAUAAUGUUGUUGUAAGAAUUCCUGCAGGAUCUACCAACAUUGACAUCAGACAGCACAGUUACUCUGGGAAGCCAGAGGAUGACAACUACCUUGCAUUAUCUGACAGCCAGUCCACUUUUAUUUUAAACGGGAACUUUGUGGUGAGCAUGUUUAAACGGGAAAUCACCUUUCAGGGGACCGUCAUUGAAUACAGUGGAUCAGACACUAAUGUGGAGCGCAUUAACUGCACUGAAAAAAUAGAGGAAGAGCUGGUUCUGCAGGUCUUAUGUGUGGGAAAUUUGUACAACCCCGACGUGCGUUACUCUUUUAACAUACCAAUUGAGGACCGCAAGGAGCAGUUUGUGUGGGACUCCUACGGCUCAUGGCAGGAAUGUAGCAAUAUCUGUCAAGGUGAACGGAAGCGGAAAGCAGUAUGUGUGCGCAAGAGCGAUCACCUGGUUGUGUCGGAGCAGAGAUGUGAGCAUUUGCCCCAGCCUGCCCUUGCCACAGAGCCCUGUAACACAGAAUGUGAACAAAGGUGGCAUGUGGUUGGUAAAAGUGAGUGUUCUGCUAAGUGUGGCCCAGGCUAUAGAACUCAAGACAUCCAGUGCAUGAAGUACAGUGCAUCCAAAGGGCAGAGUGUUCCAGUAGAAAGUAGGUUCUGCAGUGACCAGCUGAAACCUCAAGUCAGAGAGCCUUGCCAUGGAGACUGUCACUUGACCAGCUGGCACUACUCAUCAUGGUCACAGUGUUCGAAAACCUGUGGAAGGGGCACCAGGACUAGAGAUUCUUACUGCAUGAACAACCUUGGACGACGUCUCGUUGACAGAGAGUGUAAUGAACACCAGAGAGUUGUAACUCAGACCUGUAAUGAUAUUUCCUGUCCAGAGUGGGCUACCAGUGAAUGGACAGAGUGUCUCGUGACAUGUGGGAAGGGUGUGAGGCAUAGACAGGUAUGGUGUCGCCUGAAUGAAGAUCGCUUGAGGGAUAACCUCUGUAACGCAAACAGCAAGCCAGAGGCUGUAGGAGCUUGUGAACUUCCAGAGUGUGCCUCCUGGCAGGUUGGGGUCUGGGGAGUGUGUGCUGUGACCUGUGGGCAUGGCUAUCAGAUGCGGGCUGUAAGGUGUGUAGCUGGAACAUAUGGGGAGGCUUUAGAUGACAGAGUGUGCAAUGCUGCUUCCCGACCAAGAGAUAACCAGGAAUGUGAGAUGCCUGCUUGCCCCGAAUCUCCCAAAGUUUUUUCUACCUCCCUUCCUGGCACUCAAAGGGGAUUCAUGACACAGUGGAGAUAUGGAUCUUGGACUCCAUGCUCCGUUACAUGUGGGAAAGGGAAGCAGGCUCGCUAUGUGAGUUGCAGAGAUGCUCAUGGAGGGGUAGCGGAUGAGUCGUAUUGUGCACACCUGCCUCGUCCACCAGAAAUCUCCACCUGCUUCAGUCCAUGUGGUCAGUGGCGCGCUGGCGAAUGGUCAACUUGCUCAGUUACCUGCGGUCAUGGGAGGUCAACACGGCAGGUGGUUUGUAGUAACUACCACCAUCAGAUUGAUGAAGGCCUCUGUGAUCCAGACGACCGCCCAGCCUCUGAACAGGAAUGCAUCGCAGCUCCGUGCCCUUCCCUGUAUCAUCUAUUUCCUGGCAACCAGCCGGCACAUUUCCCUUCUGUUGACUACCAGCGCCCCCACCUGGAUCACCCUCCCCAGGACAGUGCCAGCCACAAUAAUUGGAAUAUGCCGUCUGCAGACAACCAGUGGAGGACAGGCCCUUGGGGAGCAUGUUCCAGCACUUGUGCUGGAGGAUUCCAGCGUCGGGUUGUAGUUUGCCAGGAUGGAGAUGGACGAGCCGCAAACUACUGUGAUGAAAGAAUAAAACCAGCAGAGUCGAGAAGCUGCGAUUCCGGACCGUGCCCUCGCUGGAACUAUGGGAGCUGGGGAGAGUGCACUCAGACAUGCGGAGGUGGAACAAGAACAAGACUAGUAAUUUGCCAGCUGUCUAAUGGCCAAAGAUUAAACGAUCACAACUGUGAAAUUCUGGAUAAGCCUCCAGACCGGGAGCAGUGCAGCAUGCACCCUUGUCCAGAUAGUGUUUCAUGGCACCGAGGACCAUGGAAACCGUGUUCGGUGAGCUGUGGAAAAGGCACCAAGAAUCGGGAUGUGUACUGUGCUGAUAAAGACCAGGCCCAAGUGGAGGAAGAACACUGCAAACAGCUGUCGAAGCCUCGCAAUCACAAGCCAUGUAGGUCACGCAGAUGCCCUAGCUGGAAGGCCAACGGAUGGAAAGAGCCAUGCCGGUCUUCUGACUGUCUUCAUUAUGAGUGGAUUGCAGAUAAAUGGCAAGAUUGCCCUGUUACCUGUGGUGAAGGGAUAAAGACAAGAAAGAUUGUGUGUGUUGAUCAAGCCAAGAAGCCUGUAGAUGACAGCCAUUGCGACUCUUCUUCCAAACCUCUCACUUCACAAAAAUGCAAAACAGUACCGUGUGAAUAUUUAUGGAUUACAGGGGAUUGGUCACAGUGCUCAAAAAGUUGUGGGUCUGGAUACCAGCAAAGGAUGAUUUCCUGCUCUGAGGUCCACUCUGUUCAAGAUCGUUAUUCCUAUGACUCUCAGUCUUUAUCCCGUGCCAAGUGCCCAAAGCCACAUCCUCCAGACAACCAAAAAUGUAACCUCAGGGAGUGUCCCCCAGCUGCAUCCUGGAAAGUAGGCUCAUGGAGUAAGUGUUCUAUGACCUGUGGAGCCGGUGUGAUGGAGAGAAAGGUGGAGUGCAUGACCUCCAAGGUUUUACAGUCUGAACCGUGUCGUCCAGACGAGAAGCCAGUAUCCACAGCUGCUUGCCAGGAUAAAGAGUGUGAAAUAUCAGCAAGCUGCAGUGAUGUGCAGACUAAACAAGGACUUACAAAAGAUGGUGAAUACUUGCUUAGGAUUAAAGGAAAAAUUAUUCAGAUUUACUGUGCUGAAAUGCAGUCAGAGUAUGCAAAAGAGUAUGUUACCUUACGCAGUGGGCAGACCGACAACUACUCUGAAGUAUAUGGAUACAGGUUGCAAAAUCCAUAUGAAUGUCCAUUCAAUGGAAGCAGACGACAAGAUUGCUUGUGCACAAAUGACUAUCCCGCAGCAGGAUACACACUUUUCUACAGGGUUCGGCUCGAUGUCGGUUCCAUGCAGAUAAUAACUACAGAUCUGUUUUUCACUGAGACGCUGCUUGGGAGAGCAGUUCCUUUUGCCACAGCAGGAGACUGUUACAGUACAGCCAAGUGCCCACAGGGGCAGUUCAGCAUCAAUCUGACAGGUACUGGACUGAGAGUAUCUGAAUCAACUAAGUGGAUAGCUCAGGGUAACUAUGCGGCAGUCAAAGUACACAGGUCUCAUGAUGGUACACGGAUCUAUGGAAGGUGUGGAGGCUACUGUGGGAAGUGCAUUCCUCAGAUCAACUCUGGGCUUCAAGUCCAAGUUCUAUAAAGAAGUAGUUAGGAUUUGAAGUACUAGCAAUCAAAAAUGAAAAGCAUAUCCGUCCGGAAUGUAGUAAAUCUUUUGUGUAAAAACAAAGAUAUUUACCGCUUAUAUAACAUUGCAUAUUAUUUAUCUAUUUUGGCAGCUACAGCAAAAAGUGAUCCAACUGAGUAUAAUGGCCACUUCAAGAUAAAACAAAUUAAUAUGAAGAUAUGUUUUCAGUUUCUGAUCGUGACAAUGGUGAUUAAAUGCACUGGUAUAUUAAUGCAAGCUAGAACACAUAUGGAGUAAAAUCACUACAGGCUGGUUGUGUUUAAAUUGGUUUAAAAGUAUCUUAUGUCAGUCUAGACACAUAGGGACAGGUGCAUUGGGUAUAAAAAAUAAAAUACUGAUACAGGCUUUCUGAUGUAUCUUAAAUCUUUUUCAGAGUGCAUUACCUAUUUAAAGACAGAAAAUGGGUGCUUCCCUGAAGGUGUAAUGUCUAGUUAGUGUAAUUGUAGUUAUUUUACCAGAUUUUGCAGUACAUUCCUUUAAUAAGCAGUGGUGCUCAUUAUCCAGCAGCCAGUAAAAUAGCAAACAUUGUAUUUACAUUGACAUUAGUCAUAUUUAGUAACCGAGUGAAUUACACUAGUGGUGAAUAAUGGUCAGAUAAGUCAUGUCCCCAGUAGCAAUAGUUCAGUGUUGCGUGCCUUACAGAAAAGACAGCACAAGACAGACCUCUUAAAAUGGUAAGAGGUAGCCUUGAAACCCCAUUGAAUUUCAUGCUGAUUUAAAUAUACCUGGGGCUGUUUUGUAUUUUUCAUACAUAUUGUAACAAAAACCUCUGAAAUCAGUAGAAAACCCAGUGGCCCUUGUCAUUAAAUUAGAAAAUAUAAGACUUAAGGAGCAUUGGUACCCACCUCCUCAUUCUUGAGAUCACCAAUCAAAAACCCUUUAGUUUGUUGCAUUUGUUGUUUUGUAAAAGAAACAACAAACUGUUGUUUGUCCUUAGUGAGGAACUGUUAAGGUGCCAACCUCCUGGGGUUUUACUGUGAGUCUUUGUAACAUCAAUGCUUUUUGUUCUCUUUUUUUAGAACAAAAUCAAUUGGUGUUUACUUAGGACUCAGGUGAAUGCUUUUUUAAUACAGAUCUAUGUGUUUUCCUUAAUGUUUUGUGACAUUUCUUUUGGGGAGAUUCUUUACCCAGCUUCUUGAAAAUUAUGAGUUACAGUACAUGAAAAACCUAAUUUAGCCAGCCAGCGGACAAAAUAUAGGUCCAAGUCACUGGUGCAUAAACCCUACCUCUCAUAAGCAUGUAAAUAAGAGAGACUUAUUUUAUUAAGGUGUAAAAUAUUUAUGUGCGAUUUUAUAUUUAUUCUGUGCUGUUUUGUUCAUAAGUUGGAUGUUGAGUACUGCCAGCUAAGAAGCCAUUAUUUGACUAAGUUGCAUUUAUGUUGAAUGAUUGUAACCACUAGCUAAACAGAAAAGAAUGAUGUUAUUUUUACGGUGCUGUUGACUACUGAAAUUACCUCUCUUUCAAACACAGGAGUCAUGUGGUGAUGCACCACUACCAUCAACUCUGCUGCCAGGUCUAUGGGAGUAGUAUUAGUAGCAGACAGUAACUCUUGGUCCUGAAAGGUUUGGAAAUCCAUAUAGUGUUUAGCUUCAACCAAAGUUUCCUUUUACAAUGUCUGAGUUGCACA